CCGGGCGCGGGGCGGCGCUUCGGUUGCCGGGCAGGGGCGGGCCGGGUAUCGCCAUCGCUGCCGUCGUCAACGUCGUCGCCAUGAGUCAAGAUGAGAGAUAUGCUUUCAUUGCUGAAUGGUAUGACCCAAAUGCUUCACUCUUUCGGCGUUAUGAACUUCUGUAUUAUCCAAAAGAUGCAUCAAUUGAAAUGUACGAUGUGAAGAACCGUCGCAUGUUUCUGAGGCGCACCAAGUACGAAAGCUUGCACCUCGAGGAUCUCUAUGUGGGCAGCAAAGUCACUGUGUUCUCCCGGCAUCUCACCAUCGUGGACUAUGGGAAUAUGUACACGUCUCGCAAGCUCGGGAGCCGGGAAGAGAGAACGCUGGCUUUGAUUAAGCCUGAUGGAAUGUGUAAGAUGGGAGAAUUAUUUGAUAUCAUUAUUAAUGCUGGAUUGACAAUAACUAAAGCCAAAAUGAUGCUGCUUUCAAGAAAAGAAGCAGCUGAUUUCUACGCUGACUAUCGAGCAAAACCUUUUUAUCAUGAGCUUCUCCAGUUAAUAAUGAGAGGCCCCAUCCUUGCUAUGGAGCUCUUAGGAGAUGGUGCAGUGAGUAAGUGGAGAGCAAUAGUGGGGCCGGCAAACCCUACAACAACUGAGAGUGAUACGCUGGACAGCAUCUCAGAGAGCUUUGGACAUUGUGGCCUCAGAGAUGCAGCUCAUGGCCCAGAUUCAGUUGCUUCAGCUGCUAAAGAGCUGGAGUUGUUCUUUCCCUCCAGUGGAGGUCAUGGACCGGUCAGCAGUGCAAAAUUCACAAACUGUACUUGUUGCAUUAUUAAGCCUCAUGCUGUUAAUGAAGGGCUUUCUGGGAAGAUUAUAAAAGCCAUCCUAAAGGAAGGAUUUGAGAUCUCAGCUUUGCAGAUGUUCAACAUGGAGCGUCCAAAUGUGGAAGAAUUUUAUGAGAUUUACAAAGGUGUCGUCCCUGAAUACCUGGAGAUGGUUUCAGAGUUGUGUUCAGGCCCUUGCAUAGCAAUGGAGAUUAGACAAUUCAAUCCUUCAAAAGUGUUCAGAGACUUCUGUGGUCCUUCUGACCCUGCAUUGGCCCGUCACCUCCGACCUGGAACUCUGCGUGCUGUCUUUGGGAAGGACAAGAUUCAGAAUGCUGUUCACUGCACAGACCUGCCUGAAGAUGGACUUUUAGAGUACCUGACAGUGCUUCUGCAGAGACACUUUCUUAGCCCUUUCUUGGACCACCACCCUGACUGCUGAAUUAGAUUGUUUCUACAGUGAACUUGUGUGGAGCUUGGAAUAUUACAGGCACUAGGGAUUCAAAUCCUCCAGAUAGGGCCCGUGUUUAUUUAUAGACAAUCAUACUUACACACAUCAGUUAAUAUUUCCUGUGUUUUAUAUUAACUUAGUAAUUAUUAUCUGCUUUUGGUGUUGUAUGCCAAAAUUUAAAGUCCAAUAAAAUGAGAAAAUGUUAAAUUACGGGAAUUUGUAAAGACAGAAGUACUCACUAUGAAAACCAGAAAAAGCUCAUUCACUUAAUUCUGUGCCUCAAAACUAAGGUCCAUAGCAAGGGGUUGAAGUGGUGUGUAAUCUUGAUGGAUCUCUGUGUCAAUGGAGAUGCUUUUCCAGUGCAUACGCAGCUUGAUUCUUUGCUGUCUAUAUGUAUUUGUGAGUGCUUUGCUGUCAGGUAUAGCAGAAUCACUGAACAUAACUUAAAAUUAUCUAAGUGCUGUCCUACUUAGAUAAUUUUACAUUGCCAAAAGGGUGGUUUUAUAGGGGAGUGAGGAAGAGCUAACUUCAUCACCAUCUUCCUCCAUGAAAUAACCUGUGGGUUAAAGUGCUUUCACUAGGAAAUCCCAUGGCACGGACUAGUGAAAUUCAACCCUGAACAUGGCAACCAAUAUAAACAAAGUUGCAGCUUUUUUGACAAUUUUCAAAAUGUCAUUAAAAAUUGACAACUUUUAGUUUUACCUUUAGGGUUUAUACAAGCAGACAGGCCUGAAGUUCCUCAUCCAUGGCUUUCCGGUGGCAGCAGAACAAAAGGCACAGCCUGUAAGGGAAAAAUUAAACAGGCCAACACUCAAAGAAUAUUUUAAUACUCCAUCAGAAUUUUCCACAGUCUGUUGCCUUUAUGUUCGUGCAAAGCAGAUCUUGCUUGUUGUUUAAAUUGAGUUUAGAGCUACUAUAAGUGAGGCAAGAAUUGCUUCUCGAAAACAAAAACUGAGGCUGGCAUUCUUUCUCAAGGAUCUCCCUUAUGUUUGUUUGCCUUUUGAAUCCUGCAGCUCAAUCAUGACUGAAGUUGUUGAUCUGGUAUUACUCUUACUACACACCUUGCAGUUCUUGGUGCAGUCUGAUACUUUUAACAGUAGCUUAUUGAUUGUAUUUAUUUUGGGAAAGGGAUCUAAGAUAUUUUUUUUUACCUUAGGCAUAAUGUGUGCAGAAUAUGGCUGUUCAUCAGUCUGUAGUUUCUUCUGUAAAGGUCCAGGUUAAGCCAGCAGUUGUAAAGGACAUCACUCAAUGUUGUUUAGUGUGUAAAUAAAGUAGUGAAUGUUUGAAUUGA